GAGCCUCGCUAGCUGCGGCACGGCGCGGAGCCCACUGCUCGCGGUUAUCCCCUCCCGCUCUCUCGUGCACCCGGAGAAGGCUCGGUUCCUCCUAUCCUCUUUUUUUAAAAUUAUUUUUAUUUUUUACUUCUGCCUUUUUUCCUCCCUCCCCGUUCCCCCCAACCUUUUCCCAAUUUUUCCGCAUUCGUCUCCCCGCGAUGCCGCACGUGGAGAUGCUGCUGCUGGCGGUCGCGGCGCUGUGGGUGUGCGUGCGCGGGCAGGAGCCCGGCGCCAAGGCGGUGGCCGACCGCUACGCCGUCUACUGGAACAGCACCAACCCCAGGUUCCAGCAGGGUGACUACCACAUUGAUGUGUGCAUUAACGACUACCUGGAUGUAUUCUGCCCUCACUAUGAAGAUUCGGUGCCAGAAGAUAAGACCGAACGCUAUGUUCUGUACAUGGUGAACUUUGAUGGCUACAGCUCCUGUGAUCACAUUUCCAAAGGGUUCAAGAGGUGGGAGUGCAAUCGGCCACACUCUCCGAAUGGACCGUUGAAGUUCUCAGAAAAAUUCCAACUCUUCACACCCUUCUCACUCGGAUUUGAGUUCAGGCCAGGCCGGGAGUAUUUCUACAUCUCUUCUGCGAUCCCAGAUAAUGGAAGGAGAUCCUGUCUAAAGCUUAAGGUCUUUGUGCGACCAGCAAACAGCUGUAUGAAAACUAUAGGUGUUCAUGAUCGUGUUUUCGAUGUUAACGACAAAGUAGAAAAUUCAUUAGAACCAGCAGAUGAUACCGUACAUGAGUCAGCCGAGCCAUCCCGUGGUGAGAACGCGGCACAGACACCGAGGAUACCCAUCCAGCUUUUGGCAACUCUAUUGUUCCUCCUGGCAAUGCUUUUGAUAUUAUAGCACAGUAUGCUCCAGCAACCUGUCGCAGAAAAUUUCAGGGUCUUGGAACAUCAAAGAUCCGCCUAACUGCUCAUCCCAAGAAAGGGACUUUAUUGUUUUUGCAGAUGUCAAAUCGUUAUUUUUCCCUUUUCCCUUUUCUUCUCCCUUUUAGCCUGAACUCAGCAAAAAUUUGAAGGGGAUAACUAGCUUCAGCACCCAUCCCUACCUACCCUGUGACUUUCUGAACCCCUCCAUACAAAUAAAAGGACUCCAAAUGAAAAUGCCAAACUAUAAUAGUGACACUAGUGAUUCUUAUUUUCCUCUGCAUUCUCCUUUAAGAAGUCACCUCUGUUAGCUCACUGUGUCAUCCGAAUGUAGACAAGGAAGAGUAGUGGCAAAUACAGUCAGUGGAGGAUAAGCAAACUGAAUGAAAGCCUGGGAGAGUUUUUCUCUCCAAUACAAUAUUUAUGCCUUCUCAUUCAGCACUGUAAGAUGAUCAUGCGGGGCAUCGUGUCACCGUGUCAGGACUGGAGGGGAAAUAUUAAUAGCAGGUAUAAUACCAUUUCCUCCGGGAGUUCUAAAUGAGCAGGCUUCUGAAAGGGAAAGGUAAUGUUUCUUGUAGGAUUGUCCUGAAACACCUUUUUUUGCUCACAAGUAGAAACACUGUCUUUGGUGAGAGAAAGAGGUUAGUAUUUAGAAAUGUUAGCACACAGCAGGCAAGGUCAGAUUUAGGAAACUUCACUGGGGGUGUGAGUGCCUCUGUUAUUUCGUUUUAAGGGGAUAAUGCACACCGGGUUAUUUUAUUUUAAAAGAAAUCACCGUGGUGCUAAUUUUUUUUUCUUGAAAUGCAGAGGCACUUUUGAGAAUAAAGUGACCUUCCCCAGCACUGACUUAGUAGCUGAGAACCUUAGAUGCUGCUUUGGGUGUUAAUACAUGCUAAUAGAGAACAUCAGAGGAAUCAUUUUUGGAACAAAGGAUCUCCAGUGUGCUCUUGAUUUGUCUCUCCUGCAAGUUCCUCAGUCAUGGGAAUAAACCACAAGUAGCAGAAGCCAGGACCACCUAGUAGCAUUGUUUGGUGGGGGGAAAGAAAAGAAGUGUGGAAUACGAAUUCAAAUGUUGAUUUUUUGUCUUUUCCCCUUCCAGCACAGUUUGAAGAGUAGAGGAAACGUGUUUAUCAGCCAGAGAUAAACUAGAUGGGCUCCCAAAGACUUAACAAAAUAUUUUUUUAAAAAUCCACUAGAAUAGAAAAUACAUUAUUUAGAUAUACUUUAUGCUGAGAGUGAGUAUAUAUGCUUGUCCUAUUUAAACAUGUGAGAAAAGUGGUAACCCUUGGUGCAAGUAGGAAAUGAUACUGUCUUGUUUGAUGGAAUAGGAAGUGACUCUGUUUAGGAAAUCUUAGCCUUGGCGAAAGUAGAACUUGGAAAAGUCAUUUGCCAGGAAGUGUAAGAGUUGGGGUUUUUUUUUUUUUUUUGUCUGAGCUACCAUGAAAUUUGAACUGCUAAGCAUAAUCAGGGAAAUAUCAGGCAAAGACUGAAACAAAACGUUUCUAGACAAAAACUGUGAUAAUUAUGUUAAAUGUGAAAGAAAACAUGAAAUGCAUUCAAACUAAACAAGGGGUUUCUAUAUUCUGAAAAAAACCUCUAUCAUAACAAAACUGAGUGGUACAAAUAAUGGACAAUAUUUUGUAAGCAUUUUUUUUUCUUUUCUAAUGAAGAAAAACUUUACAAAAGUUGUAAGCAGCCCACUAUUCAGUAAAGAAGGAAAAGGGGAAAUAAAUUUAAGAUUUUUAAGAUUUUAUGCAUGCUUAACCACAACCUGAGCUUGCCUGAUAUUGUGCAACAAGAUUGGUGUUGCAGGGCCUUUGCUUACAGUAGUAAUGUAGGAAAUUUCCGCUACUGUUAAAGGCACAGAAUAAAGACAUAGAGUCUAAACAGUGAGGUAAGUCACCAUCCCAUUACAGUCUGGCUGGUACUUCUUGCUCUUUAACUUGGAUGUGCUUGUUAAGCACAUUCAUGCUUCCUUCAGGUAGCAAGUAAAGAGGAUGAGGUGAGGUUAAUCAAAAAUGCGCCUUAUCAAUUGGAUUAUUAACUGGAGUACAGGUAAUACUGCAUGAUAGUAAUCAUAUUAAAAUGAUUCAUAGCAAUUGCAGGCAGUUAUAGCAACAGUGCCAAUCUUAUGUAGAAAUGGUGAUUUCAUUUUUCAUCCUAUGUCUCUAAAUAAUGUCAAAGUUUGAGAUGUAUGCUUGUUCACAGCAGACUCUUUUCAUUUGUACUGUUUCGUGUGGAGUUCAGCCCUUCACGUUAUCACAGGGCCCAGCUGGGUGUUGGAUGAGGGAUAGUGUGAGUGACCCAGCUGCAGAGCAGAUCCCUGUGCUGCCAGGGGUGGCCAGAAGACCACAAGACAGUUUGGCACACGGUGGCAUCAGGCAAUUCCAGUCAUAGCAGAACGUGCUAGUGGGUUUUGUGUUGGGAAGCAAAUCUCUGGAGGCCUGAAUGCAAAUGUUGGUGCCAACUGAUAAAAGAUUUCUGGUCCCUUCCAUCUGCCCCUUCUCAAGCCCAAGGGACUGAUUCUCCCAGCCUGUGCAGCUUACUUACCCCCGUGACCUGCACUCCUGGCUGCCAAGGCCAUUGCAAAGCGAAGCAGGGAAAAUAGGGAUCAGUCAGUUUAGUGGAUACUGUGUAUCCUUUAAUAGGCAAGGUAACAUUUCGUGUUAGUUUAGAAUAUUGUUUUGUACUGUACUUAACUUGGAUGGCGAAGGAAAGACAAGUAAAACUUAAAGCUAUGUUCUUUAAAUUCUGUAUUAUUAGCAACCUCUGUUGUAUAUAGUGUUUGAUAAUAAAGUAUUAAUUUGAUUCUUAUGUCUUUUGUAAGUGAGAACAAUAGACUUUCAGGAUAUAAAAAUCAUGCGUUGAUUACAAGACAGAGCUUUGAAGCAUCAAGUGUGAUCAUGGCUGAGAACUGAGAGACAAGUAGCCAUGAUACUGCAGCAUACAGGACUCAUCUUUGGAAAUCGUUCAUCUAUUGCAAGUCUUCACAUUGUCAAGACCUGGAAAACAUGACUUUUGGUGAUCAAUGUUUUGUCGUCAGUGUUUUAAGGUCUAAUGUUGGAGCCCCAUGGUUUUUGUGUUAGUUUUUGUUCUUUUGUAUCACAUUUGUUUCUAAAAUUGCUUUGGGGAUAUAACAACUCUUCUGUUUGUUUGGGUUUUUGAUGUUGUUUGGUUCUUUUUUUUUUUCUUUAUUCCUUCUGAUUUUGUUUUCACGAAUAGGUUUUUGUUUUGUUUUGUUUUGUUUUCCAGAAAGGAUCUUGCCAGUGUCAUGUGUGAUACAUACGUACUUGGUUUCAAAACAGCUAGAAACAAAUUUGGGAGGUAUUGAGAGUAGAUGAGUAGGUUGUUUCCUUUCCUAUAUAAUUAUGGAAGGAAAAUGGUUGCAUUUGUACCUGUUGAUUCCCACCCCUACCCCUCAAAACUGAAUUUUAUCCAUUGCCUUGUGAGAGCAGUGGCUCUGUCACUUUCAGAGAUGUAGGAGAGAGUGUUAACUCUUCCCCUCCUUUCAUUAUACUUGGAUUUUGUAAUCACCAGUUUUACUGUACAAACCUCCACACUUCUCUCCCCUUUUACUGCCCUUCCUCCUCUCCCACUCCCCUCCUUUUUUAAUUUGGAGCCGUGAAUGGGCAGAUCUGUUUCUGGCCUGGCAUCACUGAGUUUUUCCCAUGCAUUCGCCCUCGAGCUUCUCAGAUGUGAGACAAAUCUCCCUGCAAUAGGCUUGCUGCCAUUGUCUGUACAGUUUAAUAGAUGCUGGCAUGUUGGAGGUUACCCAUGAGUCUGCGAAAUCCGCUUUCCAUGCUUACUCUUGACACCCCCAUUGAAGCCACUCAUUGUGUAUGCAUCUGGGUAUGAAAGUCCAGCUCAGUGUGGUCCUGUGCUUGUACUGCCCUGCUUUGCAGUUUCUUUGCACUUAUUCAUUGAGUGCUGUUUUUGAAAUGCUUACAAUAUAUGAAUCUAAAAAUGUUUAAAAAAAAAAAGAACCCUGCCCCUAAGAUCUGUAUUUGUAUAUACACGUGUCCGUACAAUUAUACUUAAAUAAAAUUAAAGAUUUUCAUCAUUUUAA